CUCAGCAGUGUGUCCCAUGAAGCUGUUGUUUGGACCAGCAGUGAGCUCUGAGAGGCGUAUUCAGGAGGCAGAGGAGAGCAGAAGGAGAAGCAAAGCCCCGCGCUGCUGAGAGAGCUGAUCCCAAACCUCCCUUCAUGGUUGAGUCUGCUGAAGAGACGGGACGCAGGUUGGAAAUGCAGCCGGGCACACAGGUUCCUUAUCCCCUGGAGAUGGGCUCCUUCCCUCACUUCUAUUCCCCUGUGCAUGCCAGCACCACAUCUGUGAGCCUGUCAUCGAGCCUUUCCACGGGAAGUUCAGUGGACGGGCACCACAACUACCUCGAGGCCCCUGCGAACGCCGCCCGGGCGCUGCCGUCGCCCAUGAACGCCAUCGGGUCCCCGGUGAAUGCGCUGGGCUCCCCCUACAGAGUCAUCGCGUCCUCCAUCGGCUCACACCCCGUCGCUCUGUCCUCAGCCCCGGGCAUGAACUUUGUGACACACGCCAGCCCGCAGCUCAAUGUCCUGAACAAUGUCAGCAACUCAGAGGAUGUCAAGCCCUUGCCGGGUCUCCCAGGGAUUGGGAACAUGAAUUAUCCAUCUACAAGUCCCGGAUCCUUAGCCAAACACAUCUGUGCCAUCUGUGGGGACAGAUCCUCAGGGAAGCACUAUGGGGUGUACAGCUGUGAGGGCUGCAAAGGCUUCUUCAAGAGGACAAUCCGUAAGGACCUGAUCUACACUUGCCGGGACAACAAGGACUGUCUCAUAGACAAGCGCCAACGCAACCGCUGCCAGUACUGCCGCUAUCAGAAGUGCCUCGCCAUGGGGAUGAAGAGGGAAGCUGUGCAGGAGGAGAGGCAGAGGAGCAGGGAGCGGAGUGAGAAUGAGGCCGAGUCCACGAGCAAUGGCAGCGAGGACAUGCCUGUGGAGAGGAUCCUGGAAGCUGAGCUGGCAGUGGAACCCAAGACAGAGGCAUACGGUGACAUGACCACAGAGAGCUCGACAAAUGACCCUGUCACAAACAUAUGCCAUGCAGCUGACAAGCAGCUCUUCACACUCGUCGAGUGGGCCAAGCGAAUCCCCCACUUCUCUGACCUGACGCUGGAAGACCAAGUCAUUCUCCUCCGGGCAGGCUGGAAUGAGCUGCUCAUUGCGUCUUUCUCCCACCGCUCCGUGUCGGUGCAGGACGGCAUCCUCCUGGCCACAGGCUUGCACGUGCACCGCAGCAGUGCCCACAGCGCUGGGGUGGGCUCCAUCUUUGACAGGGUUUUGACAGAGCUGGUGUCCAAAAUGAAGGACAUGCAGAUGGAUAAGUCGGAGCUGGGGUGCCUGCGAGCCAUUGUCCUGUUUAACCCAGAUGCCAAGGGUUUGUCCAGCCCCUCAGAAGUGGAGUCACUGAGGGAGAAGGUCUAUGCCACGCUGGAAGCCUACACGAAGCAGAAGUACCCCGAGCAGCCAGGGCGGUUUGCCAAACUCCUUCUGCGUCUGCCGGCGCUGCGGUCCAUCGGACUGAAGUGCCUGGAGCACCUCUUCUUCUUCAAGCUGAUUGGGGACACCCCCAUCGACACCUUUCUCAUGGAGAUGCUGGAGACACCCCUCCAAGUCACUUGAGGGUCUGGCCCCUCUCUGGCCAGCCCCUGGCCCCCCCUGUCCCUGCACAACCUCCUGCCCUCCUCUGAGCCUGUGAGAGCUCCAGAGAUGUCCUUCACCCUCCUGUCCUCCUCAGUGGGAUUGUUGUGGUUUUGUACAGCUGUAAAUCACCCCCUCUAACCCUCCCUGGCCUGUCCAGGGGUGGGUCACAGGUCCUCUGCCCAGCUAACCAUUCCCUUGUCCCCCUGUACAGAUAAUUGCUUUAAAUUAUUUUUUCAUUCUCAAUAAAAGUCAACAAAACAAAUAAAACAAUGUGAGCUGG